AUGCAUAAAAGGAUAAAUAUUUCAUUAUUGGAGAAAGUUAUGGAAAUCGGUAUAAUAAGGAAGAAAAUACUAGAUCAUAUACCAUCUUUUAAUAGUAUAAGUAAUUUAGCCAAAACUUCCAAAUAUCUUGAUUACUUAAUUUAUAAUGAAAAAAUUACAAGAAAAAUGUUACAAUAUUUUGACAAACAAAAAAUUGUCAUAAAAUUUGAAGGAGAAGUUUCAAAAAAUAUAAAUAAAUUAAAAUUGGAAGAUAUUAAUAUUAUUGAAGAUAAAGAAUUUUAUGAAAGACUAGAUAAUGUUAAAGAUUUUUUUGGAGAAGUUUUUAUUUGCAAAAGUCUUAUUCAAAUUAACAUUGAAAAUUAUGUUCAAAAAUGUAGAGAAAAAGAUAGAAAACAUUUUAUUAAAUUAUUUAUUGAUAAAAUGUAUUUAGAUUGCAUGGUUCGUAGAGAAGCUACAAAUCUUAAAUUGAGUGGAGAUUUUCAUAAAAAUGAAUAUAUGAUUUUACAUGUUUUGUGUUAUAUAAAUCAUAAAAAUAUAACAUCUAUUAGAAUUCCAAUAUAUUCAUUUAUAUCUUCUAUCAAAAAUUAUAAUGGUUUAAAAAAUAAUAUUUUUAAAGGAUUUCCUAAUCUUAAUGAAUUAAUAAUUUAUGGUCAUUCCACUGAUAUUGAUUAUAUAAAUGUUUUAAAAAACAAGAAAAUUAUAAAACAUGUCUUAAAGGAUUUAUCAAGAAAAAAAAAUCCAACUCUAAUUUUACAUUUUGCUAAAAGUAAUUACAAAGUUUUUGAUUAUCUUCUUGUGAUUUUAAAAAUUGCAAAAAAAUAUAAAAUCAAUUUAAAAUCUAAUGGUGAAACAAUUUUUCCUUUAUUUAAAUUGAAAGAAAACAAACCAUGUUCAUAUACCAAAUGUAAUCACUUUCCAAUGGAAGUAAUAACAAGUUAUUUUAACUUUGAAAUUUAUAAUUCUGAUCAACUUUUGGAUAUUAUAGUCAAUCUAAAGUGUUGCAGUAAUCUUGAAAAAUUAGAAUUAAAAAUUAAUUAUAAUAAUAUUAAAGAAGGCUUAGAUAAAAUGAUGAAAUCAAAUAGUUACAUACUAUCAUUUGUACAAUGUAAAAAAUUAAGAAAAAUUAAAUUAGAUUUUAAUGGAUAUUGUGGUAAAGAAAAUAUUGAAGAUCAAUUAUUUUGUCAAGAUUUAGAAUAUCUUAUUUCUAUGAUGCCAAAAACUAUUGAAAAAUUAGAAUUAAAUUAUGCUUACAAUUUAACUACAAAAACAACUAAAAUAUUAAAUGAAUAUUUACCAAAUAUAAAACUUUUAAUAAUGAAUAAUGUAUCAUAUAAGGACUUUGAUUGUCUUAAAGAAUUUACCAAUUUACAAGGUUUAAUAUCAAAUCAAAAUCUUCCUAUAUUAUUACCACGUAAAUUAAAACUUCUUACCAUUAAAAAUAAUAAUACUAUGGAUGGUCAAAAAAUUAAACAUAUUCAGAUAGAAUUUAUAAAAAUUUUUUCUGAAAUAUUUUCUAAACAUCUUCAAUAUAACAAAGAUUAUUACAUUUUUUUUGAUGAUAUUAGACAAUGGUAUAUGUAUAAACAUUUAAUCCAAAAUUAUCUUUGUUAG